UUUUUAUUUUUCUCAUUCAUUCUCUCUCUCUUCUCUCACAUUCUCUCUCAUUCGUUUCCGCGAACUCGAUCGGCAUCGGCAGCACCCUCUCCCGGUGGAAACAACCGCGAUUCCCUCCCUCCGAUUGGCAACCACCACCUCAUUCUCCUCCUCUUCACGAUUCCCAAUACUUACGCUUCCUCCUCAUAUUUUCCUUCCCUUCAGGGUCACCAUAUUAGGGUUUCUUCUUCCUCUCUGGUAAUUCGCUGUUUCCUUUUCUAUCUUCUUCUCCCUUUGAAUCCUUAGGCUUAUCGGGUUGACGAGGGAAAAAAAAAAGAGAAAAAAAAACUAGAGAUUUUUUCAAUUUUCAUUCUGUGUACAAAUUCGAUUCUAUUGUUCUUCCUCUGAUUCCAUUCUAGCUGGGUUGUGUUGAUUCUCCAUUAGAUUAUUACUAUUAUUAUUGUUAUCAAUCAAUCUCUAUCUGGGUCUUCGCAAGGAACUCUGUGAAGUUUUUGGUGCGGUGUUUUAGUUUGCAAUCCGAAAUCGAGGGUUUUCUUGUUUCUUAGAUCUCUUUUUAUUUGUUCUUGUGUCAGGAAAAAAAAAAAGAAAAAAAAAGAAUUUUUUUUGGUUUUGUGGGUAGAAUCCCCUCAAAAAAAUUAGGGUUUGGUUGGUUAGGGUGUGUAUAUUGGUAGAUUGAUAGGUAGAGAUACAUGAGAUGGCGUUGAAUUUGUCGCGUCGAUCAUUUUUUGCGGAUGAGGAUAAUUUGAGGAUGGGGAAUGGUUACCGAGUGGAGGGUAAAAAGCCUGAGAUGAGUGGUGGUGGUGGUGAUAGCUUUGGGAAGGUUUGGCCUGGUGUUGAGAAUCCCUUUGCCAGUGAUAGAUGUAAUAGGGGUCCCAAUGUCGGUGCCAGUGCCGCCCAGGAUUCUGUUUCCAAGGACAUUCUUGAUAUUUUGCCCUCGGAUCCAUUUGGCAUGGACAUCAGCACUACCUUCACCGGGAUGGAUAUCGGUACUACCUUCACAGCCAUCACCGGAUGGCUUGAGGAUUUGGAGUUUGAUUAUGGUGGAUACCAGAGGGAUCAGCUCAGGCCGACUGAACAUAGUUACCAGCUGUUUGCCGAGUUGAAUUUUUUUUGGAACAAUGCUAUGAGGUUCCACGGUUUCCCUGGCGGGAACACAGGUGUUGAGGAGAGGAAUGUAUUGCAUGGGCAGAGCGGACCAGGCGAGUCUUCUUCUUCGAGAGGAGACGGAGCUGUGUCCUGUAAUUUUGAUUUCGGUUAUGCUUGCGACGACAUGCACGACAUGUUGGGCUUGGGCCGUGAAUUUAAAGAUGUGGCCAUUGCCAGCGUGUCAGGUGACACGUCAUGUAUGGAUGAUGUGAGUUGCCUUGGAGGAGAUGAUCUUGCUCCUCAUCCGGCUUUAAGUUUUUGUCUUAGUUAUCUGGGGCUGCCCGAUCUUCUUGUUGUUGAAGGAGUGUGCAAAUAUCUGCAAUCUACGGUUCGGGGUGAUCCGCUUUUGUGGAGGAGUAUCCACAUUGACCAGCCUUUAAAUGAGAGGAUUACUGAUGAUGUUCUUCUGGAAUUAACCAGUAGAGCUCAAGGCAAUCUUCAAUGCUUGAGCCUGGUGGAGUGCACUAGGAUAACUGAUGAAGGUCUGAAGCGUGUUCUUCUAGCCAAUCCCAAGUUAAUCAAGUUGAGUGUUCCUGGAUGUACAAGACUCAGUAUUGAAGGUAUUGUGGGUAUUUUAAGAGUUCACAACUCUAGGGGUACCCAAAGGGUGAAGCAUUUACACAUAGGCGGCCUCUAUGGUAUUACACAGAAGCAUUUUGAGGAACUGCAGCUCUUGUUGGGCACUGAUAGCCAGCUGCAGCAGCACUCUCACAAACCACACUACUAUAGCAGAGCGAACUUAUAUAUGUCCUGUGAUGAUGAUCAGGCCAUAGAUAUUGAAGUUUGUCCACGGUGUCAAAAUUUAAGGCUUGUAUAUGAUUGUCCUGCAGAGGGUUGUCAAGGGGAUGGGCACCCCACUCAGAUGUGCAGAGCAUGCACUCUUUGCAUACCCCGGUGUAGUCAGUGUGGCCGCUGCAUCAAUGACAGUGAAUACGAGGAAACAUUUUGUCUGGAAUUACUUUGCUCUUCUUGUUCCAAGCAGCUAGUCAAAUGUUCAGAAAAGAUAGAGAGGAAGGAUCGGCCAUCCAAUUCAUUUGUUAUCGACGAGCAAAGUUAGGGCUUGUGUCGUCGUCAUGAAGUUUCUGAUGGAAUUAUUUUAAAGUUCCCCUAUGAAGUCAUGAGAUAUUGGGCGCUGUUGGAGUGGUGUGGUCAGUGGUGUUCUUUGUACUAGUUCUCAGAAGUGGGAUGCAUUCAGUGGGGGGUUUUUCUGUUGUAUAUAGAAAGUGGAAAGUGACUUCAUUUGUGUUUCUGCAACUACUGGAUUAAUCUACAGGAACCAAAUCAAUUACCAUGUUGUCGAUCGUCUACUGCAUAGUUACGGUUGAUCUUCAAUCUUGUGGCACUCUGAUUAUGAGGGGUGCAGUUGGAUCGUUAUGCUGUGGCAUGCAGGCAUUCUUUUUGGGUCAUAUUCAGGUGCAUGACCAGUUUGAAUUAUCUGAUCUUUGGACGUUACUUCUUCAUUGACUUUGUUGAUGAUUCACUCUUGCAAGGUUGUGGUAUAUCAUAUAUGUCCCCUCUUUAUUCCUUUUUUCCCAUCCUUGGAGAGAAGUGAAAAUAAAAAUAAAAAUAAGGAUUUGUGAUAUUACGAUUUAAUCCAUACUCAUGUCAUUCCUAGCUUUGUAUCAUGUGAUAUUCGUUUAUGGUGGAUUUGUGGACCUUAAAUUGAAUACUAUUGUCAAUUUGUCAUGAAUAUUUUUGGAGAAAUCUGUUAUUUGUGUA